AUGACCUCCACCGAACUACCGUCGGAUUCUCAUAACCACCGGACCACCUACACUCUUCUCCGAUUUUCUUGUCUGCACCUCCCUCCGCUUCACUCAUCCCUUCACCGGAAACCACUUUCUUCUACUUUCAUAGACCUCAUUUCCUCCAUAAUCUCCAAACUUUCCCAUCCUCAUAUUCUAGUUUCUCCUCUCAUAAUUGCCAUUUCUUCGUUGGAAGACGAUCCCCUCGCCAAACAAACGAAAGCCAAAGGUAGACGACUCUGCGCAACAAAAGCAUGCGGAAACCCUAUUACUGUAGAAAUCGGUGAUUGCUGCAGCCACCUGAAAAUUCCUUUUGCUGUUGAGCUUGAUAAGGCAUAUCCAAGGGACUUCAUGCAAGUAGGAAGGGUGAGGUUCAUUCUGAAAUGGUCGGAUGGAAGUUUAUACGACCAAGCUAUCUCAUCUAAAAAAUACCUGAUGCUUCAUGUUGCUGAAUUGGUUCCAAGACACCCUAGUAGGGUAAAGAAACAAGUUCCUGCUGCCACCUCAACCACCGGACCUUCUAAAUCUAGAAAAGGUGGCAACUACUGA